AUGAGACCCAGCAGGCGUCCGAUUCGAGUCGAAAAUCAUGGAAAUAAUUAUCAGGAAGAGAAAAGGGUCCAAGGUAGGUCAACAUUUUGGCACCAAAAAUUAUCGAUUUUUAAUUUUUUUGUUUCUAGACCCAUUUACCGAUGUUCAAUUGGAGCGAAUUCUCAAAGAAUUAUCGUUUAUCCGAAUUCAAAUCGAUGAAAUUAGCCUAACUCGACCGAAUCCAUUUAUUCAGAAAUUAAACGCCAUGAAACAAUUGUUUGGGUGAGUUUUUUUGGGUGAAAAAUCGCCCGAAAUGCGAAAUUUCGGGUGAUUUUUCACCCAAAAUGGCGAUUUUCAAUCAGUUUUGUUGCAGAUUCCAACUGGAAUACCAAUUUCCCUGCCUGGAAGUCGUCUCACGCGCUCUUCGCGCUACAGUAAGAAUUCCGAAUCGGACGGCGACUUCGACGAAAAUCGAAUUUCGACAUAAGGUUGGAAUUUGGGAUUUUCAGAUUUUUUGGCUGAAAAAUAGAGAUUUUGGGGGUCAAAUUUGAACUCUCCAGAAAAUUUGGAGAAUUUUGACACCCAUAUUGAUUGGGUUAUCUGGAAAAUAAAAUUAAUCUAUAAUUUUGAGACAGUGAAAAUUUCAGAUGGAGAGUUCUGGAAGUUUUCAUUGGAUUUUAUUGAUUUUUUCAAAUUCUUAAUGAAAUUUCCAGAUUUUUGAUACCAAACAUGACUGGGUUACUGUAGAUUUUGAAAAUUCAGUUUGCCACGUGGCAGAGAGGUCUUAUUUUCUGAAAAUUACCCUAACCCUACCAUGUUUGGGCUCAAAAAUCUGGAAAUUUUCUGAAAAAUCCGAAAAAUCCCGAAUUUUUGCAGCGUGUCGUACUUUUAACAAUGCACGAAGAUCAAGUGGCCCAUUGGCAACGUGCCAAACUCAACAUUCAUCUUUUGGUACAAAUGGAGGCGGCUGGAAAGUUUACGGUAGGUUGAAUUUCCCGCCAAAAAAAUACAGUAUCUCUUUUUUCCAGACGAGACCUCUUGCUCGUUGCUCUAUUCCGAUUUAUGAGCUUUUGAUUGCACCGUAUUUGAUUUGCCGUGAUUUUGAUUUUAUCGGAGAUGAAUUUGAGGGAACUGGUCUGAUUCGAAUCGAUUUGGGAACACGUGUCAAAACGAUUAUGGAAAAAUUGGAGAAAUUGAGAGGAACUGUGGAUUUGGAAAAGACUUUUGUUGUGAGAGAAAAUGGAGGAGCAAGGACGAGGAGUAGAAGCUCGUCGAGGUGAAUUUUUUUGAAUUUUUCAUGGAAUUUGGAGCAUUUUGAUACCCAUAUUGAUAGGGUUACUUAAAAAACAAAAUUUAAUAGAUUUUUGAGCAGCUGAAAUUUUCAGAUUGAAAGUUCUGGAAAUUUUCAGACAUUCUAGACUUAAUUUUUGAGCUAUCCAUGAAAUUUCCAGAUUUUUGAGACCCAUAUUGAUAGGGUUAUCUGAAAAAUAAAAAAAUCUAGAUUUUUGAAAUGCUGAAAUUUUCAGAUUGAAAAUUCUGGAAGUUUUCAUAAGUUUUGAUUGAUUUUUCCGAAUUCUACAUGAAAUUUCCGGAUUUUAGACACCCAUAUUCAUAGGAUAAAUUUGAUUUUUGAAAAUUCAGUAUGCCACGUGGCAACCAGGGGGGGGUCACCUUUUUUGUCCGAUUUAUCUUGACCUAGGAUUUCUAAACAUCAAAAUGACAGAAAUUUUACAAGGAACUCAGAAUUCCUGGGAUUUUUUCAGAUUCCUGAGCUUUGAGGCUCUAAAUACAGUAUCCCUACAGUAACCCUAGAUCAUUUUUUCCCCAAUUUCAGAUGUCGUUCACAUCGUGGUUCUUCUUCAACAGUCGGCGCCUCCACAGAAGACGAAGCGAAUGAGAAUUUGAUACCGAAAACCGGCCAAAUUUUGCGGGAAAUGGGAAGAGCGAGAAGUGCAAUGGGAACGGGAAAUUGGGAAAAAGGUGAGCAAAUUUGCGAGAAAAUUUGCGAAAUUUUGACAUCGAACAAGCCUAGGUUCAGAAAAUUUUGAGGAAAAUGGGAUUUCAGAUUCUGAAACACAAAUAUUUCCAAGAAUCCACGUGGAUUUUUGAGUUUCUCAUAAGAUUUGCGAAAUUUUGACACCCAACAAGCCUAUUUUCGUGAAAUUUUGAGAAAAAUGACCCCUGCCACGUGGCAUAGUGAAAUUUUUCAGGAUAACUUUAAUUCUAUGAUGUUGGGUGUCAAAAAUCACUAAAUUUCAUGAAAAAUCCAAAUUUUAUCACCAGAAGUCUUGAAAAUUCCUAGAACAUGAGAAACUAAAAACUACAAUAACCCAGUCAAAAUUGGUGUCAAAAAUCUCCAAAUUCCACGAGGAAUCCUCUGAAACUCCCUAUUUUUCCAGAUUCCUCAUCUCCACCAAUGCCUUCUCACCUUCUUCGCCCACAUUCUUCGCGUUCCUCAAAUUCUUCUUCUCGUCUUGGCUCGGAUUCUGUAUUCGCAUCAUCUUCUCAUUCGAAUUACCCGUCAAAUCAUUUGAAUAUUCCCAGAAAUCGAAAAUGUUUAUCGCCAACAAAUGUUGAUGUUUAUAAUUCGGCCAGUGAUUUUCAGGUGAGAUUUUUUGGCUGAAAAUCGGCUGAAAAUGAAUUAUUUUCAGACAAGAAAUGCGAUUAGUGAAGAAGUUGGAUAUUCUGGAAGAAAAUGCACAUUGGAGAUUACGGUACAUGAAGCGACUGGACUUCCGCCGGUAGAGGAUCAGAGGUUGGAAAUUUGGGAUUCUGGAGAUCAAAUUUGAAUUCUACAUGAAAUUCGGAUCAUUUUCACAUAUCAUAAGCCUAGGGUACUGUAGUUUUCCCACAUGGCAGGGUUUUUUUUUUAAAUAUAGGCUUUCUGGGUGCCAAAAUUCACUAAUUUUCAUGAGGAACUCGAAUUUCUAGAAGGUUUUACGUGUUCUAAUGGAUUUUUCUGAAUUCUUCACGAAAUUUCCAGAUUUUUGACACCCAUUUUUAAGGUUUUGCAGAAUUUUGGGUCCCGUCGCGAAAUUACAGUAACCCUAGGGUGUCUUAAACUGGAAUUUUCACAAGGAAUUCAAAAAUCACUGCAAGAACAUCUGAAAUUGUCUAGAAAUUGAAUUUUUUACUGAAAAUUAAAUUUUUUUUCUAUGUAUAGCAACUUUGGGUUAUCUUAUAUCAAAAUGCUCCAAAUUUGGGUCCUGCUACGAAAAUUGGCAAAUUUACAGUAACCCUAUGACUACUGGUGUCUAAAAACUGGAAAUUUUACUGAAAAUUUGAAAAUCAUCACUGGAAGUUCUAGAAAUUUCGAUUUGAACUGAAAAUAAUUUUUUUUACAGUAACUCUGGCUUAUUUUAUAUCAAAAUGCUCCAAAUUUCACACACAAUAUUUUUUUUCAUAAUUUUUUUAUUUCCAGCGGUCGUGUAAUCAGCCCCUCAGCCUAUAUUUCGAUUUUGGGUCGCGAAGGAGAAUUGCACUCGGAAGUUAUUCGACAAACCAGACAACCAAAAUGGAAUUGGACCGCAAGAUUUCAAAUGAGCUCAGAGAGACGAAAUUUGGUUGUCAAAGUGUUGCAUCGUGGAUUGACUGGUGAUAAAGUGGGUUUUUUCGAGAAGGAAAUUUGAUUUGGAGCAUUUUGAUAUCAAAUAAGCCUGAGUUUUUGUGGAAUUUGGGAUUUUUGGCUGAAAAUCUGGAAUUCUAGUGGUGAUUUCUGAAAUCCUCGUGAAAUUUGAUGAAUUCUGACACCCCACAAGCCUAGGUUACUGUAGUUUUGAAAAAUUACCUAUGCUACGUGGCAAAUUUUCAGAGUUACAGUAACCUAAGCUUGUGAGGUGUCUAGAAUCUCCAAAUUUCACCAGGAUUCCAACAAAAUCUAAUAAAACUUCCGAAAAUUUCAAAAAUUUCCAAAAAAAUUCAAUUUUCCAGGCUCUCGGAUUUGUCACUCUAACACUUCCCGUAAAUUCAACACGCCGUGCAGUUUUCGAAAUCACCGAUGUUUCCCGAAUGAAUAAAUUCAGUUCGGAAGUUCCGAUGCUUGUGGUGGGUUUUUUUUGGCUGAAAAUGAUCAACUUGUCUUAAAAUGAGCAAUUUUCAGUCAUUUUCAGCCAAAAAUGCUCAAAAAUCAAUGUUUUUUCAGAUGAGCAUCCAAAAAAUGGCUGAAAAUCCCCUGGAAGAUGAAAUUUUCCAACACGAAGAAAAACGAGAGAGAAUCAGGUAUUUUCAGCAAAUUUAAUUAGUCUGAAAUUGAAAAUGUGUCAUUUUCAGAUCUUCUCCUGAACCAAUUCCAAUUCUAGAAACCUCGGAAGAAUUGGCUGAAAAAAUGCGAAAAAAUAUGGCAGAACUCGGAUUUUUGAUGGCUGAAAUUCACCGGAAAUCAUAA